AUGGAGCCAACUCUGAGGAGAGCGGCCUCAAGCAUUUGCGGGCAAUGCUCUGCCACUGUCCGGAGGCAAUUGGCAACUGGAGCAGCAGCUAAGCCAUGGAUGAGGAUAUCACCCCAUCAUGUCCGAAGCGUUCACUCGAAUGUCAAGGACCAGAAGCGAGCUGCCCCUACGCCGAAGACUCGAGACUUUUCCACUACUGUUAACAAAAAGUCUGAAGCUACCGCUGCUGCCACGAACAAGUCAUCUCCGUCAUCGCUACGCCUAAGUCAAGAUGACCUCUUCCAUCCGUUUUCGAAGUCGCCUGUUCCUGAGUUUCGACAACGAGCCGCAUUCAUGCGACAGCACGCUUACUGCCCUCACCCCGAUCACCAGCAAACGAAGCUCCCUACCAUUUCCCCGAAGGCCGAGGAUACGGAGGCUGCGAAAGGGACACAGCCUCCUGAACAUGUGAACUUUGAGUGCCCAGAUUGUGGCCUGCCCGUUUACUGCUGUGAGGAACACUGGAUGGAUGAUUACGAAAAGCAUUUGGAAGUUUGCGAUACUCUCCGACAGAUUAAUGAGGAUGAUCACGAUUUGCGUUCUGGUCGAGUUUUUGAAGAGGGCAACCUGCCUGAUCUUCAAAUGGAACACGCAGCUAUCAACAUGACAAAUUGGGACACUUUCAUGUAUACCCGAGAGUUUGAUGCUGUUAACUCGGAUCGACAGAUGAGACAGAUCACUCGUCUUCUGACAUACCCUGUAACCAUCGGCAGUGUUCUACAUGAACUCAGUCCGUACAGUAUCAAAGCAGGAGAGCGUAUGACCACAGAAGGACUGAAGAGUAUCAGCGCAUUGCGAUAUAACUUACACCCUCCCAAGUCCGGUCGUGGAAUCGGUGUUGGUGAGCUGAAGCCCGAGGCUCCGGCCGUUAGAGUUUUUAUUCUAGGAGCUCGCGCCGAGUCGUCUCUCCCACGACCUGCUUGGGUACAGUUGGCGCACAUGUUUCCCGAGGCCCGACUUCACCUCAUCUUUGUUGGACCCGAGAGCAUGGCCAACCGUGACGACGAGUUCCCACUGCCGGAGAGGACCCCCUCAAACCCCUUUGGAGCCGUGGUAGAGGACCGUGUUUGGUACAAGAUGAAGAUCAGUACCAUCGUGGAUUACUACCAUACAAUUCACCAGACCCAGCACUUUGCACCAUACGAUCCUUACUUCGACUGCUUUGUACUCUUCCACCCAGGUCUGGGUCACCCCGCCAGCAGUCAUGAGUGGGAGGAAACUCUUCCCCUGCUCUUGGAGACCAAAGUUCCUAUUAUUAGCACUGGCUACACCCAGUUUGAUAUGGAACGUGAUGUUGAGUGGGUCAACAAGAAGUCGAAGGGAGAGUUUGAUAUCCUUUUGCAGCCUGGUGAGAAUGUCUUCAGAAGUCUUCGAUGGGACUUGAACGACAUGGACCCCCAGGAUGUCAGCUGUGGCAACUGGGGCGUGUGGGCGUUCCGUGGAAAGAGAUAUGAGACGGCUACCAGGAAUGCUGCUGAGUAG